AUGGCGGCGCCCGGUGCGGCCGAGCUGGCGCAGGCCUUGAACCGGCCCCUGAGCUGCCUGCAGGAGUCCGAUUGCAGCCGGACGGCACGGCUGCGAGCGCUGGAGGCCAUCCGGGCCGAGGUGCAGGAGAGGCCGUUCUCGGACGCCGUGGUGCAGGAGGUUUUUGGGACGCAGCUGGUGCGGCCGCUGGCACGCUGCCUGGUGGGAGACACGGCAGAGCGGUGCCGGGAGCUCUCUCUUCAGCUCCUCUGCCAUGGGCUUAGCCACGGAGACCGGCCCGGCGAGGCUCUGCCCGUCGUUCUGCCGGCUCUGGUCCAGCGCCUCUGUCCACCGCAGGGUUUUGAACCCAGCGAGGAGCUGCGCCUCGGCCUCGUCCAGCUCCUGAGCCUCCUGCUGCAGCGCUGCGGGGUCGCCAUGGUCCCCUAUCUCACCGAGAUUAUCCACAUCCUCCAGGCCACCCUCCUUGACCACUAUGCCGAGGUCAGGCGCGAAAGUUGCCGGUGCGCCAUGGCCUGCGCCCAGGCCAUGCCAGAGCACUUCCAUAUGCAGUCAGAAUCUCUGAUAAAACCCCUGAUGCAAACAAUUUCACACCAGCACUACAGAGUUCGUGUUGAUGUAAUCCAAGCUACUGGAACAGUGAUACAGUUUGGAAAUGGAAAGUCUGUGGAUGAUGUUCUGUCCCAUCUGGCCCAGAGAUUAUUUGAUGAGAUUCCCAAGGUUCGGCACGCUGUAACAACUGUCAUUGGAGAAUGGUUGUUGCACCUACGAGAUAGAUACUCAUAUUUUCACAAGCUGAUCGCUUUGUUACUUGGCAGCUUUUCUGAUGAAAUUCCUGAAAAUGUAAAACUGGCUUGGACUUAUUGGGAAAAGAUAGGCUUGCAGUGGGAGAAAGAGAAUGAAGAAGAUCUGAAAGAUAAAAUGGAUUUUAGUGUGUCACCUUUGCAUUAUCCCAAAGGAGUGACUCGACCAGGACUAGGUUGUCGGGAACUUGUGUCAAGAAACCUCUCCAAAAUUCUUCCAGGUCUCAGUCAUGAUAUAACAGACUGGGUUGAAAGCACAAGAGUAAAAGCAUCCCAGCUUCUGCAUACGCUGCUGCUACAUGCAGAGGAUCACAUAACACAACACAUGGAGCUACUGCUUAGAACUUUGUACCAAGCAUGCUUGGAUGAAGAAAGAGAAGUGGUUAAAAACUGUGUGAAAGCAGCAGAAUUGAUUGGAACUUUUGUAAGCCCUAAGGUGUGGCUGAAAUUAAUCACAGCAGCCCUUGAGAAGACACCUAAGCCAUCUUGUAUCAUGGUUCUAACUGCAGUGAUUCGAGGUAGCCCAAAAGAAAUCUUACAGCCUCAUUUGACUGAUCUUGGCAACACACUGUCACAAGCUGAGGUUUGUCAACGAUCUGAAGAGGUGUUUUAUAUGGAACAGUUGCUUUACUGUGUACGAGCAUUGAUAGAAGUGUGCCAGGAAUACUGCAAAGAAAUUAGUUUUCAGCUAAUGAAAGUUUUGGUGACAAUAAUGGCAACACCAAAUUCUCAACACCUCAAAGAAAAGGUAGAGGAAACAAUGUCUUCAUUAGCUGAAGUGCAGCAAUUGGAUAGUUUUCUUUAUCUCUACAAGCAGCAUAUGGUUCAGCUAAUGGAGUGGGUUUCAGUGUCAUGUGAUGGGUGGACAUGCUACUCUCCAGAAGUAUUACAGUUUGAUGUCAUUGCAACCCAUUCAGGUCCUGUCAUAGGUGAAGCUCUGAAUAGCUUCAUUCUCGUUCUUAAGACGUGUCUUCAACCCAACAAAGAUCCCCAGCUGCGGUUAAAACUUUUUACUGUUUUAUCCCAGUUGCUCCAGAAAGCAAGUGAAACUGUCAAUUCUCAGGGGCUGUUCCCUAGCUACCUUGAGACUGUGAUAAAAGACAUUCUGGCUCCUAAUCUGCAGUGGCAUGCUGGAAGAACAGCAGCUGCCAUCCGCACUACAGCUGUAUCAUGCCUUUGGGCUCUUAUUCACUGUGAAAUGCUUUCACCAGAAGAGAUCUUAAAAAUCAAAGAUGGGCUAAUGCCCCAAAUUAUUGCUGCCUUAGAUGAAGACUCUAAACUUACUCGCCUGAUGGCUUGUCGGAUUGUUGGUGUGGUUUUUAAAGUCUGUGGGAGGCAGUUUGAUGAAGAUAAAUUUACCAACACUUACACAGAAGUUCUAAAGCGUCUGGAUGAUGCUUCGUGUGAUGUGCGACUGGCAGCUGCUCACACAUUAACUAAUUGGUUUAAAUCCUUAAAGGACAGCGAUGUGAAGUCUGCAAUGGAAAAUCAUGUUGAGUUUCUGUACCAAGAACUGUUGAUACAUCUUGAUGACCCAGAUCAAAAUACCCAAAAUGCAGUCCUAGAAGUUUUGAAAGAAGGAAGUGGUUUGUAUCCAGAACUGCUUGUGAGAGAAAUUGAAGGGGUUGUACAUAAGCAUCGAACGCCAGCCUAUUGUAAUCAGCUGCUACAUCACAUUCAGUCAGCCAGAGAAUCAGCUUUAUGAAUCAAUACUGAAGUUCUUCGUAGUGAACUGUAAGGGAAAUCUGUAAGAUAAGGUUUACUUUCGUAUUUUCAUU